AUGAUUGGCGAAAUGCUGUGCAAUGUUGACAAUGGCAAGGACAAACCAGUCCACGAUGAACGGGCAGUUGAAAUUGAUCCAGCAGCCGAGAAACGGCUUGUACGAAAGAUUGACCUUUAUCUGAUGCCCUCAGUAUUCGUUUUGUAUCUGUUUUCCUACGUUGAUAGAUCAAAUAUUGGCCUAGCAAAGAUUGCAGGUAUGGAGCAAGAUUUAAACCUCACUUCUGCUCAAUACUAUACCGCAGUGAUUGUCUGGGUCAUUGGCUACACGAUUGCUGCGGUACCAUCCAAUAUGAUCCUCGCACGAACACGUCCUUCGGUCUUCAUUCCGCUUAUUACGUUUGGAUGGGGUAGCGUGGCAGCCCUUUUGGGAGCCAUUAAGAGCCCCAGCCAUUUGAUUGCGCUGCGAUUGCUUCUUGGUGUAUUUGAGGCUGGUUUCAGUGUAAGCCAUCCCGUGCAUGUGAUGAAAGGGACUGAAAUCGAACUAGUGAGGUCCACAACACAACAGCCGGCGGUUAUAUUCCUCAUCUCGACCUGGUAUAAGAAGAACGAGCAAUCAAAACGAUUUAUCAUCUUCCUGACCGCCGGUAUUCUUUCUGGUGCAUUUGGAAGUGUUGUCUCAGGGGCCAUCACAUCAACACUUGACGGAGCGCACGGAGUUCGUGGCUGGAGAUGGCUAUUUAUCGCUGAGGGAGUGACGACAGCUGGAAUCAGUCUGAUCGCACACUGGACACUUCUUGAUUAUCCUCAUAAAAGCCGAGGACUUCGACCCGAUGAACAAAAGCUUUCCCAGGAACGACUCAUUCAAGAUGGCAUGGCAGGUCCUAUAGGCAAUCCCCAGGCGGGUCACACGUCGAUAUUUGUCUCUUUCUUGAAAGCCAUAUGUGACUGGCGAGCCUGGUUUCUUGUUCCAGCAUACAUGAGUAUCUUAGGAGCGUUAUCCCUCUCCUAUUUCUACCCGACAUUACUGAAUGGAAUGGGUUACAGUUCAACCGCUGCCCAGUACAUGACGGCUCCCCUUUACUUGGUGUCACUAGUCAUAGCGCUGCCAGUUUGUUACCUCGCCGAUCGGAGACCUCAUUCAAGAGGGCUCUUCCUAGUCAUUAACAUGGUGGUGGGGUUGGUCUUCUUUGCUCUCACUGCUGGUAUCAAGAACUACACAGCGCGGUAUAUCUUUCUGUGCUUCAUCAACAUGACAAUCUGGACAGGAAAUGCCCUUGGACUGUCCUUCGCAACAACAGCACUGGGGUCGGUGAAUCAAGACGUCCGAGCCAUCAUGCUGGCCCUGAUGAAUGGUCUGGCAGCCUUGGCGCAGUUAUAUGGAAGCGCCUUGUUCCCAGAUAAGGAUGGCCCCGAGUACCUCACCGCGUUUUCAGUUUUUGCAGCCACGUUUGCCGUUGGUGCAGUGUUGUAUGGAGUGGCUGAUGUGUUGUUCAAGAAAUAUCCCUACCAGGCCUAA